GACUAUGUGAGAGGGGGGUGAGUUCUUUUUCAUCUAAAGAGCCCGGCCACUCAGCAGAUUGGAAGCUGCAAAUGGACGCUGCCCCUGAGGCAGAGAAAGCGCAGUACCGGUUCUUCUAUGAGAAAGCAUUGAAGAGGGAGGAGGAAGAGAAAGAGAAGGAGAGGGAGGAGAAGGUAAAGGCUCAUGAAGCCAUUUUUUGUACCUUGCCUGCCCUGACCGAUGCGGAGGUGGAAGAGAAAACCGUUCCACUCCUCCGGGCUUUGGUGGACGUCCGGACUGUUGAGGACCACACUGGCCAACUCGCCAAAGUGUUCGACGAACUCAAGAAGUUGCGCGAGGACAUGGCCUUGAUGGCACAUCAGCACCGUGACCAGCUGCAACAGUUUGCUAAUGUGCAGCCAGCUCAAAGCAUCCUUCCGUCUACCUACCCUGCUUCUAGUGCUGCGUGUCAUUCUGUUUUUGCCCCUCUAAAUGUGUCUUCUUCUACUUCUUCUUCGUCUUUGAGUGUGGCUAACAGCCAAUCCGGAUCUGCCGCAGGUCCAGACCCCGCUGCUGCUGCUGCUGCUGCUGCUGCUGCAGAGGCAAGUGGCAGUGCAGGGAAUUCUGGAACUGUUGCAGUCCCGAGUUCGGACCAGACAAUGGCUGGUCUUAGCGGCAGCUUUGCCUACAUCGACAGGAAGGCGGCGCAGAUUCCGUCCAAGUAUGACGGAAAGGAUGACACCGAGUCUUGGAUCAGCUCCAUGCGAUCCUACUUUGAUGUGUUGGGGACCCCCCCGUCAACCCAGUCGUUUAGCCUAGGGACUAAUGUGGAGCCCGUCGUGAGGGGUUUCUUGGAAACCCAAGCUGUCCAAUCAGGCUAUAAGAGAAUAGACAUGAACAAAUGGUUGAAGACUACGCCUACCGCAACAGUCGAGGAUCUCUUGAUCAAACAGUAUGCUGAUCCACAUGCUGCAGCCAAAGCUAGACUUAAGCUUGACAAGCUCAAGCACAGCAAGUGGACCGGCACCAUGCAUAGCCUGCAGCAGUAUGUUAGUAAACUCUUUGCUACUCCGGAUCUGGAGAUGACUACGCAGUCUUGUUUGGAUGUGAUAAAAGGUACGGUCCCCUCUACUCUAAAAGAUCUCCUAGGGCUCGGACUCAGCGCAUAUACAGAUUGGCUUACCCUCAUGCGGGAUUUAGUCAAGCUGGAGGCACAAGACCUCCCGGGUGGAUCAAGUGGCAAAAAGACCACCAGCCGCAAAUGGUUUCCAGGCAGCAACCGUUUUGCAGCACACGAUCUGCUUAAGGCGGACGAGGAGACCCUCGUGGAGAAAUGUUCUCUUGAUGACGAUCAAGAGCAAGACUGCGGGGCAUCUUGAUCUUUGUCGGCCCAUGAGUCUGAGUAUGUGAACGACGAUGAAUCUAUGAAUGCCUUCAAAAAGACUGUCUUUCAAAAUGAAUGUAUACUUCGAAUUUGGCCAGGAUCAUAACAACUACUAGUAAACGCAUAUGAAUGCG